AUGUCGACCACACAGACUCACACCGUGGCCGCUUCAUUGGUGCCAAAUCGGCCACACGAUUAUCUAUAUGACUCUACGUACACUGUGGCUAAUCGUGCAGACCAUGUGAAGCACAUGGCUGCAUCAACCAGAGCUGACGUGGUCAUCGUUCCCAACUUCAGCAACAUGUUUUCAGCACUAGCGCAUCACCCAUCAGCAAGCAUGACACUCAGGCCACACCUUCCACCACCAGGACUCGGCCAAGACCGUGUUUCACGUGGCGGCGAUCCACAGGUAUCUGGUGCAGGUCGAUACAGAUACUUUCGUCGUCCUCUCGUCCCAUACCUGCCAAACAUGAACGGCCCAAUUGUAUACGCCAAAAGUGCAUCUGCUAAUGGACGAACAGAAAACACUGCACCUGCUGCCGAAGACGUAUCAGGACAGCCACGGACUCGUACCGUCUUUGUACAAACCAUAUUCCGUGAAUCCGAAGCCCAGACAGAUCCAUACUCGCCUGAUUACGUCGCUAUACCGAACGCAGAUGGACAGUUACCUGAAGUGCUGACUCUCAUGUCGCUUAAAUAUGGUCAAGGACUACCUGCAGGUGUAGCUGAACUCGAUUUGAUUGAACGUGGAAGAGCUAAACGUGCGUGGGAAGCUUCGUUGCCUACUGGCAGUGAUCCAGCAAGUUUGCAACGGCGAUUCAAGGCUAUGGAGGCCAUGGAGCUUGCUGAAUGGGCUGAGCGUGAAGAAGAGAUUGCCAAGAUCCAGGAAGCUAGACUCAAGAUCAUGGAAACUAUAUUGAGGAAGCGUGAAGAUGAUGAAGAUAAAGACAAUGCUGACCGCAUUGAAAAGAUGUGGGAGAGACGUAUGCGUGCUCGUGAGAUCUUGCUUGAUAAGAUUCAACGCAAACGUGUUAAAGCAAUGAGAAAACUAACCGAAAAGCUCAAAAAUGUCGAAAACAAAUUCGUCCGCCGUGACAUCAUUGCAGAAUACGCCGACCACGGAUCCAAAGUCUAUGCUCCCAAAGCUCGUGAAGGCAUGCCCGUUGAUCAAGUUAAAGAUGCUCUGAAACUGCAUCUUGAAGAACUUUCACACUAUGAGGGACUCGUCGCUCUUGAAUCGUCCUUCCCACCACAAGUCCUCCAAGCUGACAUGAGCGGCCCUGAAUCCUUGAUCAUGUUGCGCAAACAACGACAAGAUAUGGCAUUGCAUGAUGAAUUGAAUGCUAUGGAUAGGAGGAUAAAGGAACGGAUGGAAAAGGAGGCGGCGCUGGAACGACCGUUGAGAUUCUGUAGCAGGAUUGAGAAGCCUGUGCAGAGGCCUGCAACGCCGACUGUUGAUAUCCCUGAAGAGGAAGACGAAGAACGUACCCAGGCAGCUCUCCUCCUCCAACGCCUGAUACGCGGCCGUGUCCAACAAGAAGAAAUGCGCCGCGGACUGGAACGCCGCAAAGACCUAAUUGCCGAAAUGCGAUCACGACACAUGAUCCGUCGUGCCGCCCUCCUUCCAAACCCAUCCCACCUCGAACAAACACCCGGAGCAACAGACGUCGGCAAAGCACCAAUCGAAGUCGAAUGCGAAACUAUCGAAAAGGACACCCUCUUCCAACCAACCACCACCGAAUCCACCCGACUAGACGAUUUGGUGACAUCCACACUCCACUCUGAACACACAUCACGAGCACUCUCCUUCCUGACCUCGGAACUGGUCCGCUUGCGAGAAGAGCGACGGAUUGCUGCCAUGCUGAAACUUGCUACCCGUACACGCGAGGAACGGGAGGCUGCCGAGUCUAGUCGCCGUAUGGAAGAGCUGGCAAGACGUGAGCAAGCUGAUUCUGUGUUUAUGAAUGUCAUGAAGGUGCAUCACCAAACUGUGGAUAUGUAUUUGGAGGAUAUUGUGAGGGAGAGUAUUGAUUCGACUUCGGAUGAGUUGGCUCGUGAGCAGGUUUAUGAGCAUGCUGUGCGGGUUGAGACUGAGGCUAAGAACACUACCUCGGACGAUAUAUCCAUCGUUCGUGAUCUGGUAUCUCAGUUCCUUAUACCAGAAGUUGAACGUGAUUCUCUUCGACAGCAAAUUCGUGACGAUCAACGCAAGUAUCUGCUAGCAGCCCACACAGCCCUAGCUUCUCAACUGCCAACCAUUGAGAGUAGUUUAAAUAGUUCAUUGUAG